AUGGACACCUGCACUGGGUCACAGCGCUGGGAGGUGGACCUACAAGAGUGUGGUCUCCAAGCAGAUCUCCACACUGCCACUUCUGCUGCCAGCGCCUGUGCGCAUGGUGAGCAAUGGCAGCUGGGCCUGCUCCUGGCAGAGACUUGCUCUCGGCGACAUCGGCCCGAUGCGCAGCUCUACAGCACCAUGCUCUUCACUUGUGAGAAGGGAUUUCAGUGGGAGCUGGCAGUUCAACUGCUCUCCAAGAUGGUGGACGUGGGCAUUCGCUUGGACCCGAUCUUGUCAAGCAUCGCGAUCCGAGCAUGUGCCACUCGCCGCAGUUGGGACUUGGCACUGUGGGUGCUCAAUGAGCUCUGUGGCCGAGAUGGAGAUCCUGGGCCCAAAGCCUACCUUGCGGCUGUGGAUGCUCUGGAGGCCGGCAACGGACCUCCGGCAUCGCCCGAGCUCUUCGAAGAGCUUUGCCGCAAAGCCGCCUCCAGGAUGCUGAGGUGCAAAGCAUGUCUUUUGUCACCCGGCCAGAAGGGUCUCAUGGGUCUCUUCGAAAGAGGUUUGCUGCUCCAGAAUAUGCCCUGGCCAGCCGGUGACUUUAGUGACUCAGAGCGCGAAGCAAAGCGCCAACGUGCACGCACCUGCGACGUUCCAGCCACGUUUCUGUGCAUUUCGGCAAAGAUCGCAGAUGCCAACGGUUUCGCAACAUUGACAGAGGAUUCCGUGAGCACGGGCCGUAACGGGCCCCUAGCGGCGGGCGCAGAGAUUCAGGCGUCAGUGGCUACCGAUCCAGGACCCAAACGUGAUCAGAACCACACGAAGCUGCAGGGACAGGCCGAUGACGCGGCCACCAUGAACCGGAGUUCAUCGGGCCUGCCUGCCGUGCAGGAGGCCCCCAGCGAGUCUGGUUCGCAGCGUCUUCCUGUGAUUCCCCGGCAGCGCACAAAAGGCAGGCUCCCAACAGUGGACAAGAAGCUCCCACAGACGAGUCAGACGAGCUCUUCGCCUUCGAAAGGGAGCCGACAGAGCUCCGCCAGGGGCCAGGAUAAUGACGACCUGAAUCUGAAAGGCUUUUCGUUGAUCAAGUACAUCCAGGCAUUUGCUUCCCAGAACCGGAAGAAGGCUUGGAUUGACACCGAGUUUCUGAAUAGCGUCUUGCAAUCGUUCAACAAGAGGUACCUGAAUGAGAGGGAGGACUUCUUCGGGUACACGUCGCUUGCGCUGGCCUGCAGCGUCGGCCACGCGGGCCUUGUGAAGCUUCUCUUGGAGGCGCAGGCUGACUCAAAAAUCAAAUGCAACCUUGGGAACACGCCUCUACACUUGGCCGCGCGAGCAGGUCAUGUAGCCGCGGUGCAAGUGCUCGUGCAGCACAAGGUCGCGUUGGACUCCAAGAAUGCUGAAGGUUGGACACCGCUCAUGUGGGCGGCAAUGUCUGGGCGUGCUGAUGUAGUGGCAGCGCUUCUGGCCGCGCAUGCAGAGGCUAAGGCAAAGGACGUCCACGGCAUGACUGCAUUGAUGUGGGCAACCCGUCACGGCCACGUGGAUGUCAUGAGAUCGCUACUGGGUGAUGGGCCCGACCUCAGCAUAACGGACUUUGAUGGCCACAGCGUGAUGUACCACGCGAGGCAGCACAAGGCGGCCAGAAAGAUGCUGGAGCGCUUUGAGGAUCUGAAUCGACGCCUGCUUCGCUCAGCACAAUCAGGGGACAUCAGAGAAGCGUCCAGGGCCCUCGAGGCGGGGGCAUUUGUGGAUACGCUGGAUGCAGAUGGCGCGAGCCCCUUGCUCCACGCUGCCUCCCAGAAAAACAUGUCCAUGGUCCGCCUUCUCACUCGCCAUGGUGCUGAUCCCAGCCUGGAGGCCUCGCGGGCGAGCUCCCCCUGGCUUCGCAAUGCAGAGUAUCAGACUUCGAUCCAGGAGGUCCUUCGUGAUGCAGUCAAGGCCAACAGGCUUCUGCUCUCCGCUGCCAAGGAAGGCUGGUGGAAGGGCGUCUUCCAGGCCAUCGAACAUGGGGCGUGGCUGGAGAUACCGGACGAGGCCCAGAAGACGCCGCUGGGAUGGGCUGCAAGUCAUGGAAGUGUUCAAGCAGUUCGCCACCUGAUCCAGGCUCGUGCCUCUCUCAACGCCCGCGAGCAGUGCGGCUGGACACCGAUUCACUGGGCUGUGCACCGCAACUGGGCGGAGGUGGCGUCGGUACUCCAUCAUCACAAUGCAGAUGUGCAUGCCAAGGCUUUCUCAGGUGAUACAGUGGUUCACCUGGCAGCAAAGAGCAAUCACUGCUUCAGCCUGGUGUUGUUGAGCUGCGCAUCGGCCAACCUGAAUGUCAAGGGCUUCAAUGGAUUGACUCCAAUUCAAGCCACUGCCAUGUCAGGGAAGAUUGCUGCAACGCAGUGGCUCCUCAAGCUGAGAGCAGACGCCGAAGUGCGAGCCGAAGGCGGGCGAAGCAUCAUAGCCCUUGCGGCGCUACAUGGCCAGCAUGCCUUGCUGGAUGCGAUCUUGGAUAAAACCUCAGGCCAAGGCAGUCCCGUGACUGCGACACGGCGCGACUCUGGAAAGGCUACGAAGAAGAAGCACAAAGAAGGCAAAGAGCUCAAGGAAGCAAAAGAAGCCAAAGAAGUGAAAGAAGUGAAAGAAGUCAAGGAUUUCGAGCCGCUGGAGAAGGUGGUGGAAGUCGCAGAAGAAGCUGAUGACGACAGGGGUCGGUCGGCCACGAAGCCCAAAAAGGGCGAAAGCCGCAAAGAGCACAGCCCGAGCCACAAGGACGUCGAGAAGGACCCCGGCAAGAAAGAAGCAAGCGAACGUAAGCCAAGCCCAAACAGAAAAGACCAGCGAAAGGAUCAGAAAGAGUCCAAAGAAUCCAAAGAGCCCAAAGAGUCUAAGCCCUUGGACUCCAAAGAGUCCAAGGAAGGCCCCAAGGAAGGUCCAGACGCGAAGGAGAUGAAAACCCUGCAGCUCGAUGUGCCGAAGGGCUCCAAGGGCAAGAUUCAGGAGGGCGGCAAGUCUCACCUUGAGACCCCAGAUCCAGCUGACUCCGCUGCGGCGAUGUCACAGCAAAGCUGGCGCAGCCGAAAGACCGAUGCGACCGAAGAAGAGGAGGGUGAAGGUUCUGAGAUCGAUGCAAAGAAGGCGGCCAGGAAAUUCAAGAAGCAGCCAGACAUGGCCUUGUACGAACAGGCCGAGGCCUUCAACAAAACCCUCCCGGCAAAAGUCGACGUCAGUGCGUCGCAGGCACUGGCCGAAGUCGAUGAUGACGGCCGAACACCUUUGGGACUCGCAGUCCAGGCUGGCCAUUUGCGAGUGACCUCCUUGCUCUUGGAGAGAAAGGCCUCUCUGGAUGUUGCUGACACAGCAGGCAACACGAUCCUGAUGCUGGCAGCGCGGGGUUCAUCUCGCAGCACCUUGAUGAUUGUCGAGCUCCUCCUGGCAGCACGAGCAGACGUGCAGGCUCAGAAUGAGGACAAAUGCACCGCCGCGGAUGUUGCCAAGGCAUCCAAGGUGCGGGAGCUCCUGAAAAGCCAGCUGGAGAGGCUCCAGGUUGGCAAGAAGCUGGGCCAGUCGCGGAGCUUGCCUUCUUUGAAGGCCCCGGUGCGUGAGAAGGAAAAUGGAGAUGCAGAGGAGCCUUCAGAGCAGCUGCCUCAAGGGUCGACGCGAGGUGGACGAGUUCGUCUCGAACACUUGCCGGCAAAUGUUCCGCCAGACAUCUUGGAGGACGCCAUCCUCACUUUGGUGAGCUUGCGGCGUGCGCCGCAGCCAAGGGCGAUCGAAGUUGCAGUGCACCCCAUCACCCAGCGAACGCUAGGCCACGCAUAUGUGGACUAUGAUGAUGAGGGAAUGGCAAUCCAACUUGCGGAUGCCAAGUGCGAUGCCAAGAAGGAUCCAUUUCGAGGCACUGUGCAGCUCCUCAAAGAGGAAGUCUUCCGCCCACUACGCCGAGUCUCACAGGGAUCCAUCUGA